CUCAGGCGAAGCGGUGGGGGAUGAAAAGGAGGAGGAUGUUUUUUAGCAUCGACGGGCGGCUACCUGCAUGCACUCAGGGGGGCGGUGGAUACAACUGAGGCCUGAGUGCACCAGGCGCGAGGAAGAAGAAUACCACGCGAGACCAUUGGUAAGGAGCUUGAACUGAUGGAUGGCCAGGUCAAGGUUCGAGAAGCGAACUUGCCACAACACGACCUGGAGGCGCCAACGAAGCUCACACGAGGAGAAGCCACAUACAAUAUCCAAUCAGUGAUACCUGGAAGCCCUAGCUUCGCAAAAAGAGGUGCCACAACAACGAACAGCAACACCAAUAGCUGCAGACGAAUGUACUCCAUACUCCCACCAUGCAGCCAUGACAACUCUCACUUCAACUUCAAACUCUGACGCCGCUGACGUCGAAGGCGUUGAGCGCAUCAUCGUCGCCUUCGGAGUCGAAGGCCAAGACGCGAAACGACAGGACACCAGCAGCAUCAGCCGACGACGUCGAACAAGCAGUGCGCGGUGCCGAAGGCGACAGCCGAACCCAGCUCGCAGAGGCGACACCGCUGAACAGCGGCCCUUCGCCAGGGUCGGGCGGCAGCCCAGGCGGGGCCCGAACCCGAGGGCCCGGGGCAGGCUCAGCUUCACCACAUCGCCCCUCAAGGUGUACUCCUCCAGGCUGCUGCGCCGCGCACGCCUCGCCAGAAAAGCUCACGGCCUGCCUGCGGAGAUCGGAGAUCGGCAAGAACGGCUCCGCGUCGGCCACAAGCGUGUACCGCGGCGUCGUAGCCCGAGGCGUCCCCGUGCUGCGCGGCGCCGCUGCAGGCCACCCUGCGAGGGGCCACGAGGGGCGACCGCGCCGCAGGUGCACCGCGUGCCGGCUUCCUGGCCUCCGACGGCCGGCCCUGCCACGGGCUGCACCAGCAGCCCCUGCUCCAAGCACGCCUCCAAGCCAGGCGCGAGCCACGCGGCGCUGCCAGCAGUUAGGAGCGGCGGCAGCCCCUGGUCGCCACCGAGGAUGACGUUCCGCACAGCAGGGAUCAACUCCUGCAGCUCCAACUUGCCGUCGUCGCUGCCGUUCGCCACAGGGCCCGCGACGUCGAUGCCCCCCACCCGCGCGCUCGGAGCUGGGAGCCGCCGCCUGCACGCCUGCGGCGCCCUCGCGCGGCCCGCGCCCAGGCCUGCCGCGGGGCGUCGGCGCGCGGCCAGCGCUCGGCGUGCCGCGCGCAAUUGCGCCUGGACCCCCGCCCGCCCGACAGCCUCGCGCCAUGCGCAAGCGAACGGAGCGCGGGCCGCGCAAUGCCCUCGCGCCUCGCCACCUCGUGCUCGCGGGCCGUUGGAGCCGAGCGCAGGGCCUCCAGAUCGCGGCGCAACUUCGCGAUCUCACAUUCAGUUUCCUCACCAGGAGCCCAAGAGGCUGUUUGCCUUGGAUCUCUCUUCGUGCCUGCUUCGGGCUCUUGUCUGAGUUGGUGCACAUGGCGUCGGCAACUCCCGCGACAGAUGGGACAGAGAAGCGCCCUCAAGCGCCACCUUGAAGUUGAAGUGCUUGUGCGAGCCGCGCGGCGCGAUCCACCCCGGGAGCGCCGCCAGGUAAAUGCAGGUAGUAACGCUUCCCUGGCGACUGGCCGUGAACCUUGGUGUGAUAUUUGGAGAUGCCCGCGUCGCUGAGCCUGUCGAGAAUGGCGGCUUCCACUGCUUCGGUGCUCGAAGUUUGGGCGCAGCUGAUGCGGGAGAUGCUGGGGUCUGGCGGCCUGUCGUACGCAGCCACGCGGGCGAGAUCAGUGGCGCCAUCCUGAGCAGAUUGAGCUUGAGCGAGUGUUUGUUGGACCCGGUCCAUGUCAGCCCGCAAAUUUGUUUGGCCAGCCGCGAGCGGAUUUGUACGUCCUGAAGGUGCCGAAUGCGACCGUCAUGAGCAUCCAAUCUUGCCACCUGCGGUCUGAGAGUGUCGAGGACUGUGGUCCGCAUGUCGUCAUGUGCCGUGCCCAGGAUGGUGGAGAUCCCCGGCCUGAUGUCGCCCAUCUGUCUGGUGAAGGCCGGCGUGACGGCCGACUCGAUGUCGUUCGUGGAGACGCGGUAGCUCGAGACGGAGGCACGAGCAUCACGCCAAGGAUUGCUAGCACCUUGCAGGAGGUCAGCGCCUGCCUCGCGGGGUUCGCGAACUGGCUGGCGACGAGAAUCAUGAUCUGGUGAGGUGGGAGCCAUCUCGAUGUCGUCAUGAUGUCAUCAGCUAGUUACUGUCGCUCAGCAGCAAAGAGCCCAGCGAUAAGUCCUGCAGCGCCUGGUCCGCGAUGGCCGCCAGGAGGAGCAGGAUAGCGGCGUGCAGGUACGUCGCGGUGAUGUCGGCGAUCGUCACUGCUGUUGCUGCCAGAGGAGGCGGUGGAGGGCUCCCUGCGCCUGUCGCGCCGAUCCCUGUCCCGAUCAGAUCGGCGGCUGUGGCGUUGGCGGCGCCCACGUUGAGAGGCUCCACGAUCGCUUCGAGAGACGGAGGCUCCAUCGCUUGGCAUGAACUUGCCUCAGCAGCAAAGAGUGUGAGGGUCGAGUGAAUGGAAACUGUGCACUGUCGGGAAGAGUCAAUUUCUUGGCCCCAGCGGUGCGCAGCUCGACUGUUGCCUGAAACGGAUGCUGACCUCGGACUAGAGGUAUCCAUUCUCUGUCCCGGGGAAAAAGGGGGCAGCAGAAAGACCACAACGGACCCCGCGGGGGCGAAGAUGGGGCACGAGGCGGUUACUCCUCCU